AACAUGGAAGAAAACACCACAAACCUGUUCCAAGAUUUAAUCCUUGAAAUUCAGUACUUUGCAUUCAAACAUAAUUAGUGCAUUGCAGUGACCAAGUUCGAGUAAACAUAUUUAGAUAGUUUUGCUAAGAUGUUGACAACACUACUCGUCACAAUCAUCACAUUCCUAUUUUUUCUAUACAAAUUCUACAACCAGAGAAAAGAACCUCCAGGGCCUUGGAACUUACCACUAAUAGGAUACCUACACAAGCUGGAUCCGAAAUUUCCAAAUUUGAGCUUAACAGAACUGGCAAAAAAAUAUGGACCCAUUUAUAGCAUAAAGCUCGGACUGGAGAACGCUGUGGUCAUAUCAGACGCAAAAUUACUGAAAAAAGUUUUAAUGAAUGACAACACGCUUCACAGAUCGCGUCUUUAUCUUUUUAACAUCUUGUUCAGCGAUAAGGGAAUCGUGUGUUGCCCCCUUAACGUAUGGAUAGAAAAACGCAAACUCGUCAACAACUUUCUAAGAACGUGUGUCUCCAAAGGGUCACCAAAUAAAGAAACCUUGGAAGAUCAAAUUAGAAAGUCUGCCGAAGAAUUCAUUAACUACGUUCGAAAUCAGAGAAAUUUAAACCCUUUAGAAGCAGCAGCUCACUAUGUCAUUAGUACCACAAGUUCCCUAAUUUUGGGUACAUCGUUCACACUUGAAGACAAAAUACGACAAACUAUAAUAAAGAACAUCCAAAGUGCAAUGAGGUUAGGUCGUUUGGGCGGUCCUUUAAAUUUCUUCCCAAUUCUAAGAUUUUUGCCAAAAUACAAAAUCAUCGCUGAUUCAUUCAAAAGAUUUAAUGGUGAAGUUCUUCAAAUUAUAAAAGACAUUAACAAAAGUACCAUCAACGACAACUGGAUUCCAAACUUAAGGCAAACAUUUUGGCACCAAAGCACUAAAUGCAACUGUCCAGAAAUCUACACCACUGAACACUUAGAACACCUUCUGUUUGAGAUUUUUGGUGCAAGUACCGAAACGACUUUAACUUCUCUAUUGUGGAUUAUGUUGUACCUAGCCCGCUACCAACAAGUACAGGAUAAAGUUCGCCAGGAACUUCGUGACGUUCUAGGAACCAAAGCUCCACAGAUUGAAGAUUCAUUAAAAUUACCUUACACACAAGCGACCAUUUCAGAAGUAGCUAGAAUUAGAACGGUGGUACCUCUGGGACUUCCUCAUUACGCAUCAGAAGACAUAAAUGUAGACCAUUUUAUAAUACGAAAAAGUAGUGUGAUUAUCCCGCUACUAUGGAGGGUUCACAUGGACCCAAAAUUUUGGAAAAACCCUCAAGAUUUUCGUCCUGACAGAUUUUUAAACGAAGAAGGGAAAUUUUGUCGGUCGGAGUCUCUGAUUCCGUUUCAAAUUGGUAAACGAAUGUGUGUGGGUAAAGAUUUAGCAAAAAUGGUCAUAUUUUUAUUUGUGGCUACUGUUCUACAGAAAGUGAAAAUUGAGUGCAGCGAGGGUGUGGAUCUGUCUUAUACUUUUGGUUUUACAUUGCAGUCCAACCCACAAGAACUGACUUUCACGACUGUAUAAAUUUGAUCUGUUAAAUCACAGGACACAGGAAUCGUCGUGUUGCAACAGUUAUUAUAGAUAAAUUUGUUUAAUUUAGGUGAAUUUAAAUUUCAAGAAUCGAACGAGUAUAUCUAGACUCAUUAAAGUGGACCCAAAAACAUAUUAAACUUAACAAGCUUGAAAAUCAAAUUACAACUUCCGCUAAUUAACAUUUCCCUGACACCACGCGUCGAAUUUGUAUUUUAAGGUUAUCGCAUUCAGUUCUGCAGCAGGUGUAAAAAAAGUGCAAGUAAUACAAUGUUCUCUUGUUUGAUUCCUCGUUAAAUUAAAAUAAUGUGAAAGAACAUAUACGUUUCCAGUUCAAGAUAAUUGCCACAGACGAUGCGAAUUUAAGCAUACAUUUUUUUUAAUUUGUAUUGCAAAAAAACCAGUUAUCGGUCGUUUGUAAGUAUAUAAAGCAGUUUUGUUUACGAUAUUGUCUAAAAGCUGAAAGUGGUUAGUUUUAAGUAGAAAAUAAACAGUAAGAAAUA